CGAAGGUACGGUGCUGCCAUCUACGAUUGUUUCGAGUUUGAGUGAAGAAGAUGUAAACAAAACGAAUGUUUUUGUAUCAUUAUAAAAGUGCAUUAUUUGUAGGUUUUAGACUGUUUCUAUUUAUUUUAAAAUGUAUGUAUGAGAAUAAGAAUAAUUUCAAGAGCCAUUUUCACAAUUCUCCGGAGAAAUUAUUUGCUUCAUCAGGGUAGAAAAACGAGUGAAACUCAGUGUGUUUCAGAAUAGUGCUCACAAAAGGUAAUUUUAAAUCCUAAAUUUGUUAAUGAAAAAAUAAAUAUUGAAUCGUUUGAGAAUACAACACACGCAGUAUCAAUACUCAUUUGUCGGCAACACAAAAAAUCUUUUUAUGUUUUUCGCCAGAAGUUCGAAAAAAUGGACCACAAAAAUUGCUCGAAAAUGCAUCGCAGUGAACAUAGCAGUGAAGAUAAUGGUGUCAAGUCUGAGGAAAAAUCAGCAUCUCGAAUGAUAUGUUUUGUUCCCAGUUGUAAACAACGAUAUAAGCGAGGAAUAUCGUUCCACAGUUUUCCACCACAAAGCGAUAACCGGAUCUGGACUCAGCGACUCCGGCUGAAUAUAGAGCCACUGAAGACAUCCCGUAUAUGCAGCCUCCAUUUCAGUAUCGGAAAUUUCAUUACUCCAGCCUCGGAUCGUAUGACUGAUCGAUUAAUCUUAAAGCGAUCAGCUGUUCCCGAUACCAAUUUACCAGAAGCUCCUGUUUCGUCAACCAAAAAGAAGCUGAAGGAAGGGAGGGCUAUGCGUGCUGCUAACCGAUCUGAAAACAAGCUCGUAUUAGAAAAGGCAAAUAUGAUCCCAGAUGUUGACACCGAUGGAGGAAACAAUGAGCAACCGAUGGAAAUUUACCAUCCUCCCCUGAUCGACUGUGCAGUUCAAGUUAACACAAUCGAAUUGGAUAACCUCAAAAGGAAACGUACUUCUGCGGUCAUUUUUGGGAACGAUGACGAUUUAUUGGCGUGGACAGGACUAAAAUCAUCGGCAAUGCUGAAGGCUAUUGUGAAAUCAGUGACACUUUUGGAACAAUACCGUAGUAGGCCCCAUUCGUCUGUUACAUUGGAAGAAGAAGUCUUGAUUGUUUUUAUCAAGUUAAAAACUAAUAUUUCCUUCCGGUGUAUCUCCGUACUAUUUCGGCUACAUAAGCAUACAGUUUCUAAUUGUUUCCAAAGAAUUCUACCGUUUCUAACCGCUGCCCUAAAGUGUGCUAUAUACUGGCCUACAGAAGAACAGGUAAAGAAAAAUAUUCCCCAUUACUUUAGGCCUGAUUUUGAAGAUGUUAUCGUAGUAUUAGACUGUACUGAAAUCCCCAUCAUGAAACCAAAAUGUCUGCAUUGUAGAAUCAACACAUAUUCACAUUACAAAUCACGUGAAACAGCCAAGUACCUGGUAGGAGUAACGCCCGCCGGAAGCAUCUCUUUUAUAAGUUCUGCGUAUGGGGGCAAAAUCUCCGACAAACAAAUUGUUUUGGAAGAAAAAGUACUUGAUCGCGUUAAGCCUGGACAAGCAGUUAUGACUGAUAAAGGUUUUAUGAUUGGGGAGGAAUGUAAAACACGAGGAGUCAAGCUAGUUAGACCGCCUUUUCUGAAUGCUCCCCAAAAACAAUUAAGCAGAUUGGAAGCCACACAAAAUAUUUCAAUAGCGGCCGCAAGAGUGCACGUUGAACGCGCCAUACAAAGAAUAAGAAUCUUUUCUUUCUUUAAUUGUAAAGUGGAUACUCGAUUUCUACCCGUGUUAGACGAUCUAAUGAUCAUUGCCUGUGCAGUAGUCAAUUUGUCAAAUCCGAUACUCGCAUACAAGAGAUUCUAAAAUCAUUUUAUUCAAACUGUCAAUUUAGUUUUUAAGCAGGUACAGAUGUUUCAAAUAAACAUUGAAAUAAA